GGCUGCGGCUGCCGCUGCGGGGCUACACUUCAGCUUCUCAGAGGACGAGGCCGAGGCCUGGGCCCAGCCCGGAGCCGCUGCGGGACGAAGCCCCCUGGAGCCCCCGCGCCGGCUGUUUUUUUUCUGAGCCCGGGGGCGGGCUCGGUCCCGGCCCGCCGUCGCACGCAGGACCGAGGCUGCACGCCCGAGGACCAGGCCGGCGCAGCCAUGGAGGAGGCAUCUCCCUAUUCCUUACUUGAUAUCUGCUUGAGUUUCCUGACUACCAACCUUGAGAAGUUCUGUUCAGCAAGACAAGAUGGAACACUAUGUCUGCAGGAACCUGGGGUAUUUCCACAGGAGGUGGCUGAUCGGCUGCUUCAGACUAUGGCAUUUCAUGGUCUCCUGAAUGAUGGAACUGUGGGAAUUUUCAGAGGCAACCAGAUGCGCUUAAAGCGAGCUUGCAUUCGUAAAGCAAAGAUCUCUGCUGUUGCCUUCCGGAAAGCCUUCUGCCACCACAAGUUAGUAGAACUCGAUGCCACAGGUGUAAAUGCUGACAUCACCAUCACAGACAUAAUCAGUGGUCUUGGCAGUAACAAAUGGAUUCAGCAGAAUCUCCAGUGCUUAGUGCUGAACUCGUUAACUCUCUCCCUUGAGGAUCCUUAUGAGCGAUGCUUUAGCCGGCUUUCUGGUCUUCGAGCUCUAAGCAUCACCAAUGUGCUCUUUUACAAUGAAGAUCUGGCUGAAGUUGCUUCAUUGCCUAGACUGGAGAGCCUGGAUAUUUCCAACACCUCAAUCACAGACAUCACUGCCCUACUGGCUUGCAAAGACCGACUUAAGUCUCUGACCAUGCACCAUUUGAAAUGCUUAAAAAUGACCACUACUCAGAUACUAGAUGUUGUUCGGGAACUAAAACAUCUGAAUCAUCUCGACAUCUCAGAUGAUAAACAAUUUACAUCAGACAUAGCCCUUCGAUUAUUAGAGCAAAAGGACAUCUUACCCAAUCUUGUCUCCCUGGAUGUUUCAGGGAGAAAGCACGUGACAGAUAAAGCUGUGGAAGCCUUUAUACAACAGCGACCUAGCAUGCAGUUUGUUGGGUUGCUGGCCACAGAUGCUGGUUACUCUGAAUUCCUUACAGGCGAAGGACACUUGAAGGUGUCUGGAGAAGCCAAUGAAACUCAGAUUGCAGAAGCUUUGAAGCGGUACAGUGAACGGGCAUUUUUUGUCCGAGAAGCUUUGUUUCAUCUUUUUAGCCUGACCCAUGUGAUGGAAAAAACAAAGCCAGAAAUUUUAAAGCUUGUGGUUACUGGAAUGAGAAAUCACCCUAUGAAUUUGCCAGUGCAGCUGGCUGCAAGUGCCUGUGUGUUUAAUUUAACCAAGCAGGACCUUGCUGUAGGAAUGCCUGUUCGACUCCUGGCUGAUGUGACACAUUUGCUGCUCAAGGCCAUGGAACAUUUUCCCAAUCACCAGCAGUUACAGAAGAAUUGCCUACUCUCACUUUGCAGUGACCGGAUCCUUCAAGAUGUUCCUUUUAACAGAUUUGAAGCAGCUAAGCUUGUCAUGCAGUGGCUUUGCAACCAUGAAGAUCAAAACAUGCAAAGGAUGGCAGUAGCUAUCAUUUCCAUCCUGGCUGCCAAGCUUUCUACAGAACAAACAGCACAGCUUGGUGCUGAGCUCUUCAUUGUCAGGCAACUUCUUCAAAUAGUGAAGCAGAAAACCAAUCAAAAUUCAGUGGACACUACAUUGAAGUUUACUUUGAGUGCACUUUGGAACCUCACAGAUGAAUCCCCAACGACUUGCAGACACUUCAUUGAAAACCAAGGCUUAGAACUCUUCAUGAGGGUUCUAGAGUCUUUCCCAACUGAGUCAUCCAUUCAACAAAAAGUUCUAGGACUUUUGAACAAUAUAGCUGAAGUCCAAGAACUGCAUUCUGAAUUAAUGUGGAAGGACUUUAUAGAUCACAUCAGUGGUCUUCUACACAGUGUUGAAGUGGAAGUCAGUUACUUUGCAGCUGGAAUUAUUGCCCAUUUGAUAUCCAGAGGUGAACAAGCUUGGACAUUGAGCCGUAGUCAGAGGAAUUCUCUUCUUGAUGAUUUGCAUUCAGCUAUUUUGAAAUGGCCAACUCCAGAGUGUGAAAUGGUAGCAUACAGGUCCUUUAAUCCAUUUUUUCCUCUACUUGGCUGUUUUACAACACCAGGAGUCCAGCUGUGGGCAGUUUGGGCCAUGCAACAUGUCUGCAGCAAGAAUCCUUCAAGGUAUUGCAGCAUGCUUAUUGAAGAAGGAGGACUGCAGCAUUUAUACAACAUCAAAGAACAUGAGCAGACCGACCCCCAUGUCCAACAGAUUGCUGUGGCCAUUCUGGACAGUUUAGAAAAACACAUUGUGCGCCACGGGAGGCCACCUCCCUGUAAAAAGCAGCCCCAGGCCAGACUAAAUUGAUAGCCAUAGAUAAUUGGAUAAUUGAGUGUCAGGAAUCCUUUUUGUGGUUGAUUCAUUUGGAAUAUUACCCUCUAUGGUGUUGGGGGGUGGGGUCUGUGGUGAGAGUCAUGUGAUCAGUUUGGGAUUGAUAAUGUACAGUACUGCCCAUGUGAACAGUCUCUGAUUUGUCUUGUGAUUUUUAACUUAUAAGGCAAGAAAGGUCUCUUCAUUGUUGUCUUUUAGGAAACUUCCCACAUCUUUCAGUGUUUGAACCUACCUGUGCUUGACAUUCUACAGUUUUAUGAUAACUUUGCACGAACCCAUAGGCCAGACUUUUCUCAGAGUCCCUUCCAAGUAAUUCGCAGCCUCAGCAGAGCUGUGGACUUGAUUUCAGCACUGCUCAGUUGUGAGUUUUACACCGCUUCUGUAUAAAAUGCCCUCCUUCUCUGCCUAUCUUUCAUAAGGCGCCUACAUUGUGCGAGUAGAAAUCUGUGCUGUCUCUGUAGAAGCUACUGUCUUUCUGGAGCCUGGAUAGCUGUCAGAGAAAUAUGAUAGAGAAACUAUGAAAGAACGGAGUUUGAAAGGAAUUGGAAUUGAUUCUGUGGUAGAGCUCUUAGAGUGGAGCAGGCCGUCUUUGCGGAGCCCUCUCUGCUGCAGCAGGGAACUUGUUCUCCAUCUCUGACUGGAAGCAUGGGCUGCUAUUUCUGCAUAGACUGCAGGCUGCUCUGGAAAUACGUCCCCAAUACCACAGUAUAAAACAUUACAGCAUUCUGUGUUAAAGCCUCUUUGAAAUACUAUGCCACGUUGUUGUAAAAGUGGGAAUUUUUUUCAAAGUCUUUGGUUAAAACUAGCCUUUUUUUUCAUUCCUUCUGUCACAAAGUCAUUUUUGUUGAAUGGAAUAGAGACUAUUCACGGUGUUAACCUUCUUUGUUAAACUACAGUUAACAAUAGGAAAUUUUGUCCAAAAAAGUUAACCUAAUUGGGGGUGUAGUCCCGUGGUAGUACAUGUGCUUAGCAUAUAUGAACCCUUGAAUUCAAUUCCCAGCACCAUAAAAAACAAAAAGAAUAAGUUAAUUUUCUUUUGGUCAAAUAUGUGUAUCUGCCAGGCUUAUUGGCUCAUACCUAUAAUCUUAGCACUCAGGAGGUAGAAGCAGGAGGAUUGCCAUGAGUUUAAGGCUAGCCUGGGCUACACAGUGAGCCCUUAUCUCAAAAAAAAGUAUAUCUUCACUGUUUUCAUGUCAGAAAAGUAUGUCCACACCUCACUGCCAUAAAUGCAAAAGGAGAAAUCUACUGCUGUUAAUUUUAAAUAGGAGGGUUCUAGUUGAAUCAAUAAAAGAAAAUGGUUUUGCCAGGCAUUGUGGCACUGGCCUUUAAUCCCAGGACUGGGGAGGCAGAGGCAGGCAGAUCUUUGAGUCACCCUGGUCUACAUAGUGAGUUCCAGGCCAU